CAAGGUAGAAAACAGAGCCUGCUUAUGCUUACUCCAUCCCUCUUUCAGAACCAAGGACAGAGCUACUGAACAGCUGACCCCAACAACCUUCAAUUGAGGGCCCUCCUGAAACCUCUAGGGAAACGGAUGCAUUGGAAGCAGCUAUGGAACAUGCAGUCAGGUGGAAUAGAGAAGCUGGAGGAGCUUAGUGGCAAAAAUGGACGAUUUUAUUUCUGUGCAUUUCCAUAGUUUCUAGGUCCUGGGAAAAGCUAAGUUGGCUUUGCUUGGGUACAUCUGUUGUCAGUAAAUGGCUGCAAGAGCUGAGGUGUUAAACUCCACAAUCUCCAGAAAUCAGAAGAAAUUUUCAAGGAAUUCUUUUGGGUCAGAUUUUCCCUCUGGACUAUGACACCUUUGAGUCAACUGAGUAGCCACAUCAACUCCACGUGUGGGUCAGAGAACUCCACAGGCACCAACCAGGCUCGUCCAUAUGCCUACUAUGCCUUGUCCUACUGUGUGCUCAUCCUCGCCAUCGUCUUCGGGAAUGGCCUGGUGUGUGUGGCUGUGCUGAGGGAGCGGGCCCUGCAGACCACCACCAACUACCUAGUGGUGAGCCUGGCGGUGGCAGACUUGCUGGUGGCCACCUUGGUGAUGCCCUGGGUGGUCUACCUGGAGGUGACAGGUGGAAUCUGGAACUUCAGCCGCAUUUGCUGUGACAUUUUUGUCACCCUGGAUGUCAUGAUGUGUACAGCCAGCAUCCUGAACCUCUGUGCCAUCAGCAUAGACAGGUACACUGCGGUGGUCAUGCCAGUUCACUAUCAACAUGGCACAGGCCAGGGCUCUUGCCGGCGUGUGGCCUUCAUGAUCACAGCUGUCUGGCUGCUGGCAUUUGCUGUAUCCUGCCCUCUUCUCUUUGGCUUUAACACCACAGGGGACCCCAGCACCUGCUCCAUCUCCAACCCUGAUUUUGUCAUCUACUCUUCAGUAGUGUCUUUCUAUGUGCCCUUUGGAGUGACUGUUCUUGUCUAUGCCAGGAUCUACAUGGUGCUGAGACAAAGGAGAAGGAAACGGAUCCUCACUCGACAGAACAGUCAGUGUAUCAGCGUCAGGCCUGACUUCCCUCAGCAACCUUCCUGCCUGCAGCUGCAUCCCAUCAGACAGUUUUCAAUAAGGGCCAGAUUUCCAUCAGAUGCCACAGGGAAAAUGUCCCUCUCUCCUGGCCGAGCACACACAGAGCUGAAACGCUACUACAGCAUCUGCCAAGGUACCGCCUUCCAAGAGGGAGAAGAAAAAUUGAAAAGGGAGGAGAGGAGUCGGAAUUCCCUGAGCCCCAGUAUGGCACCCAAGCUCAGUUUAGAGGUCCGAAAACUCAGUAAUGGCAGGUUAUCUACGUCCCUGAAACUGGGUUCCUUACAGCCUCGGGGAGGGCCACUUCGAGAGAAGAAGGCAACUCAGAUGGUAGCCAUUGUACUUGGGGCCUUCAUUGUCUGCUGGCUGCCCUUCUUCUUGACCCACAUUCUUAAUGCCCACUGUGAAGCAUGCCACAUAUCACCAGAGCUUUACAGAGCCACAACAUGGCUGGGCUACGUGAACAGUGCCCUCAACCCCGUGAUCUAUACCACCUUCAAUGUAGAGUUCCGCAAGGCCUUCCUCAAGAUCCUGUCUUGCUGAAGGAAAAAAGAAAGGAGACCCCGUAUCAACCUCUAACAACACCAGGCUAUUUUGCCUCCUGGCCGGGGCCUGCUCAGAAAGACUGCAAUGUCCUCUAGCAUGUGGUACAAAGAUUCCUGGAGCCGGAUGUCCCUGCAUGGCAGAUGUGACCAACUGCUUCCUACAAAACACAAUAUUCUACCUCCCCAGCUAACAUCUGACUUCAUUCGAAUAAUCAAAGGGUUGAGAGCCCUUAAGUGAUAAGCAAUAAUUCAGAAAGAAGCUGAUAAAACGUGACUCUUCACACACACACACACACACACACACACACACACACACACACACACACACGUCACUGGAAGCAUGAUUCAUUAUAGUGAAGGAUAAAUUAACAAAUCUCAUCAUUUUCAACUUGCCUUGGGUCCUUAAAACCUUGGCCAGUAAACCACCUUGCAGAAUAGCCAGUUCCUCUUCCCUCAGACUCUCAACUGUCAGCACAAGUCAUCUUGCAGUCUUGUGGGCCGAUUCUUUCCUGGUCGCUUUUUCCCUUCAAUGUAUCCUGAAGCCUGAAAGGCAAGGCAGUAUUUCUGCCUUUCUGUAGAGUCUAACUGGCUAAGUUGUGUCAGGAUUCCUCACUCCAGCAGAAACACUGUCCCAUAUUGGGACCUGUGAUUUUAUUUUCUAGCCUUGAUACCCUUUUAUUUUAACUCUAAAUAAGAAGGUCUUCUGAUUCUUCCCUUACUCUCUCAAGGCAAUCUCGGAGUCUCAAUGCCCAGAGUCAUUUGAGAUGGGGAUAUUACAAAGGAGUGACAAUUCUCACUGCUCAAAAAUUCACUGUUGAACUUUGUGAUUUAGAGCAUACCUUAGGGAUGUGUCUCAGUUACUUUUCUCAUGUUGCUGAGACAAAAUACCUGACCCCAAAAAUUAAGGAAGAAAAGGUUUAUUUAGCUCACAGUUUGUGGAGGCUUCAGUCUGUAAUCCACUGGUUCCAAGAUAGGAUGGCAUGGCACAGGGACAACAGUUCAAGAUGGCAGAAGACAGCAAAAGCAGCAAAUGCAAAUGGCAGAGAGGAGCAAGCCUCUUUCCCUCCCUUUUAUUUUAAGCAGACUACCUACCCCUGGGGGUGGGUGUUGUAUUUACACCAUCUCUGUGCCCGCCUUUUGCACAGGCUCAGGAUGUCUACAAAGUGAGAAUGCUGGCCUCCUGCUGAGUCCCUUAAUUAAACUUCUAAAUGUCUGAGAUUGUCAUAAUGUAUCCACCACUACAGUAUGUUUUGCAUAAUACUAAAAGACUUUCCUGGCCAGGGCAUCUUCAUCCUCUGAUUAACAGAGUAUUUUUAGAACCUAAGACUCACUGAAGAAUUGUCUGCAAAGUGUGACUACCUCCUCAGUUCUGAAUAAAUGACAAUCACUAGGACAUUCUUCACUCCUGUAUUUGCCCCAAUGGGCCUGAGUGUGAUAGGGCUCACUCAGACUGUCAGAGAACUUCAGAGCUGAGUGCACCAGGUAGGGUGACUGUCCAAAGCCAUCACAUGGUCACUUUGUAAAAUCCUGUGAAAAUUCUAAACACUACCAUUCCAAUGAUUGAGAUUAAAAAGUAUAACAGAAAUAGUUUGUAAAUGUCAUUCAAAAUUGUACUUAGAAGGAACUAAAAUAUUCUCACCAUUUACCUCAUCAGUAAAAGCUAUUUUUUAUUGAUUGCAUAAUCAAGAUAAAAUUUCUGGAUAAUUUAUGAAAUGUUUUCAUUUUGAAUGUCACUUUAUUAUCUUUUAAGAGCUAGUAGCAUAUAGGCACAAUAGCUGUCUAUUGUAAUACUGUUAAAACUUUAAAAUGCACAAUAACUUUACAAGGAAUCCAAAGCCUCUCUUACCCAGUCUUUUAUUCCCCUAAUCCUUAAAUUUAAAACAAGGAAAUAUAUAUAUAACACUAGUGAGUUAGUUAUUUGUUACUCCUGAAUGCUUUUAAUAAUAUUUAUAUUGUAAAUGGGCAGAAAAAUUUGAUCUGCUCACUAAUACUUGUACCCUGUGCCAUUCAGUUCAGUAUGUACAGUGCAAGUAAAACUGAGUUCUGGAACCAUUAAAAUCUGCAAAAGUGAA